AUGUUCUCAACUUGUCGUAAAGAGGAACUUGAGGUCAAGCAGCACAUCAAACAUUCCAAGAUUGCGGCCGGCCAGCUCUUCUACAUCGGUGUGGGAAUCCCUCCGCAAGCCCGCUUCGCAGACCUGCGCGCGGACGCCGUCCUCAUUGGGCCAGGCCUCCCCGCGCUCUCCAGCGCCGACAGGGCGCUGAUCCCGCCAGAGGUCUUGGCGGAUCCGGUGUGGAACAUCGCUGGUGUCGGCGCCAUCCUCCGCAGGUCACCAGCGGACCAGAGCACCUGCGCCCACCUGGGUGAGGUCAUGCAGCGAUCAUCUUCUGUGGUAAACGGGCGCUGCAAUUUCUACGAGCCCUUCGGAAGGACCAAUUCCUGGCGCGUCCUCGAUGCCGAUGGCAACUUCCUGCCUACCGCUGGGGGCACCUACUACGCGGCGGUGUUCCUACAGAGCCAUUCCAGUGGCAAGGUUGGCAUCGCUCUUGGGACCUGGGUCGAGAACUUUUGGACGCCGCACCCACAAUCGACUCCGGCUUGCACCCGGGAGAUCAUCGACUUCAGUGAAGAGAAGGAUGGAGAUCAAAGCGACUGCUUUCCCGUGCAGCAGUAA